AGGCGGGGCUACAGCGAGGCUCGAUCCGGCCUAGGCCUCGCUCCGGCUCCGCCUUGCCCGGCUACGCAGGCGGUAGGGCUGGGGUAGGGGCCGGGCGGCACCAUGGCGGCGGCAGCGCCUGCUGCGGCGGCUUCUCCCGAGGCGCCGGCCGUCUCGGGCAGCGCAGACCCGGAGACGGGAGACGAGGACAGUCGUGAGAUGAAGCAAAAAAUUUAUUGCCAUAUCUUGGACCCAACAAAAUGCGCGAUUGUUUCUGCACUAUAAAUUUGGACCAGGAAGAAGUUUAUCGCACCCAGGUUGUUGAAAAGUCUUUAAGUCCAUAUUUCAGUGAAGAAUUUUAUUUUGAGAUUCCAAGAACUUUCCAGUAUUUGUCUUUUUAUGUUUAUGAUAAAAAUGUUUUACAAAGAGAUCUUCGUAUAGGAAAAGUAGCCAUCAAAAAAGAAGACUUGUGCAGUCAUAGUGGUAAAGAAACUUGGUUUUCACUGCAGCCGAUUGACUCAAAUUCAGAAGUUCAGGGAAAGGUUCACCUUGAGUUAAGACUGAAUGAGCUGAUAACAGAGAAUGGAACCGUGUGCCAGCAGCUUGUUGUACACAUCAAGGCCUGCCAUGGGUUGCCUCUCAUAAACGGACAAAGCUGUGAUCCUUAUGCAACAGUGUCCCUCGUGGGCCCCUCUAGGAAUGACCAAAAGAAGACAAAAGUAAAGAAGAAAACAAGCAAUCCACAGUUCAAUGAAGUCUUCUAUUUUGAGAUGUAGCUUGUUCAUGCGGAUCUCCAGCUGCCUUGAGUGAAUCCUAACCACUGGACCACCAAGCUUGCAUCUUCAGCUGCUUUGAAAUUGCCCCAAAUAAAGUGCUUUGGCAUUCUUUAAAGUAUUUAGUCUUUUUUCAUAUUAAUUGAAGACUAUAGAAAAACUAAAAAUCAAAAUAUCUAAAAGGUUGUAAUAACAGAACAAGUUGCAAUUGAUAUUAAGAUGUGAGAACAGGUUGUAAAAGUGGGUAAUUACAUCUUGAAGUUUUUAUUUUGUUUUUUUCCUCUGUUUUGGAGAGGGCACCAAAGUACCCCAACUCAUGCCUGAUUGUUGUUCUUUAAUAACAAGGAGCAUGAGCUGAAGAAAAUGCCAAAGGUGACAUAGGAAACUGGGGGUGGGGUGGGGGACAAGAAAAACCUACUGAGUCAAGAGGCUUCCUUUCCUGGCUGAGGACUUGGUGCUGCUUUCUACAUUUAUUAACAGCUCUUAUGUCUAACCAUGAGAAUGAGAAGAAGAUGACAGUUCUAACAGCUCCUGCCCAAAGUCACUCACUGCAUAUAGUUCACACCUCAGGUGGCCUGGAAUUCGCUCCUUAGGAAGAACCUGUAGCCAGAGGGUAACUUUCUGAAAGUUGAGGUCAGAAAUGCUUGCCUUACCAAUUUACCUCUCAGGCCUUAAACUGUUUAUUCAUCUAGUCCUUUGUUAGAUUGGUUGUACAGACAGGCAUGCUCAGUACAACCAGAGCAAGACAUAAGAAAGCACACACAGGUGCAUAUACACAGCUAUAAUGUGGAGCAAGACAUAAGAAAGCACACACAGGUGCAUAUACACAGCUAUAAUGUGGAGCAAGACAUAAGAAAGCACACACAGGUGCAUAUACACAGCUAUAAUGUGGAGCAAGACAUAAGAAAGCACACACAGGUGCAUAUACACAGCUAUAAUGUGGAGCACCCUCUCUCGAGCUCAGGGUUAAAACAGUCCAAAGCUAGAUUUUUGCGAGAACAGAAAUAAUAUUACAGAGACAGAACACUUUGGGCACAGAGACAGAAAAACUGAAAGUUAUACCCAGAGAACAUCAAGUAAAGAUUUAACUAAGUUUAGUAAAGUAACCAAAAAAGAUGGGAUAAACUGGUAAGUGUCCGGCGGUGCUUUAGCUUUAGCCAUUAAACUAGAAAGAAAUAACCAGGAUCUGUUAGCAGAGCCCAGAGACCUUCAAAGAGCUGAGAGCGGGGCAGAAGUCGAGAUAACUGAUCGUGGGAGAAAAGGGAGAAAGAAAUCAAAAGCAUCCAUGGAUCUGUGUAAAAUUCCUCCACCAGGCGUCAGAUGUGGUACAUGCCUGUCAUCCCAGUCCUUGAGAGGUGUAGGCAGGAAGAGCAGUUUCAAGGCCAGUCUCAGACCACCUUAUCUCAGAAAGCAAAUCAGAUUUGCUAACAGGACAGUUCAUGACUGAAGCAUGGUAGGUGAUAACUAUGGAUCACAAUACAGGAUUUGGUACAGAGCCAGGAGAGCCAACAGUGAAGAGAUGCAGCAGAGGAGAAACCCAGUCAGCUCUGGUGCUUACUAACCACUCCGCUUCAGACGUGCUGAUGAAGUUUGUACUGUCGCUUCCUCAUUUUUAAAGUGAGGGGAAUAAAUCUAGCUCUGCCUGCCUCAAAGCAACAGUCUAAUGAGUCCAGAGAUGUGAUAGCACUGAGUAAGCCAGACAACAUGGUGUGGCGUUAAGUUACAUUUAGAACAAAAUAAAACAACCUUGGAGAACCACCUGUGCAAUUCCAAGGAGGAGUAGAGAGCAAGAGGUAGCAGGCUAGCCCACAGGUAAACCGAAUGCAAAGAACUUGUCUGGGACUAGGGCGGGGGAGGGGGAGGGAGGAAAGGAGAGAAGAAAGAAGAGAGAGAGAGGCCAAGGACACUGACAAUCUUAGACUAGAAAGAAGUGAUCAGACAGCUGGACUUAGAGUAGACCAAACGCUUAUAACACAUGCUUGUUAGUUAAUACUGUGGUGAAAGGAGCAGGCUUGGGGAGGUAAUCUUAGAACCAUCACCUCUUCAGAAGUCCUGAGGGUGGGGGAAGUGGAUGCUCAGCUUGGUGGCAGUUGAGGAAGUUCCUGCCCAGUGGCCUUGAUAUUUUCAGUAAAAACUGUGAGAAGGAAAUAUGAGUAGGUGUGACCCGUGCAGACAGAGCGUUGUAACCAGGGAACCAGAUGUGGCUCUAAGUAGAACUGACGGUGUGGAGGCGAGGAGGCCUCUGAUUUUUAUGCCGGACUUUCUUACCUUCUGGUGCAUAUUUGGUACAUUUCCCAUGCUUUGGAAAUUGCAUUCACACUUGACUCUUUAUAUUUGUAAUUGAAUAUUUUGGGAAUGGUCAUUUUUGAGCUCAUGAAGGAAAGAUACUUUAAACAGUCUCUACUGAAAUCCUUCGUUUGUAGGUAACCAGAUCCAGCAGUUACAGCAGGAAGUCCCAGUUCCAGGUGGAGGAGGAGGACAUUGAGAAGCUGGAGAUCAGGAUUGACUUGUGGAAUAAUGAAAACCUAGUCCAAGAUGUUUUCCUGGGAGAGAUUAAGGUUCCUGUCAAUGUGUUAAGAAGUGAUUCCUUUCAUCAAGCCUGGUACUUGCUACAGCCAAGAGACAAUGGAAACAAAUCAUCUAAAACCGAUGACCUGGGAUCUCUUCUGUUAACUCUCUGCUAUACAGAAGACUGCGUGCUUCCAUCAGAGUACUAUGGACCGCUGAAAACUUUGCUGCUAAAGUCACCAGAUGUUCAGCCAGUAUCCGCCUCAGCUGCUUAUAUUUUGGGUGAAAUAUGUCAAGAUCAAAAGGAUGCUGUUUUGCCCCUUGUACGACUGUUGCUGCAUCACAAUAAACUUGUCCCUUUUAUCACUGCGGUGGCCGAGCUGGACUUGAAGGAUACUCCAGAUGCCAACGCAAUAUUUAGAGGAAACUCCCUGGCUACCCAGUGUCUGACUGAGAUGAUGAAGAUAGUGGGAGGGCACUACCUGAAAGUCACGCUGAAGCCCGUUCUAGAUGAGAUAUGUGAAUCCUCGAAAUCCUGUGAAAUAGAUCCUGUUAAGUUGAAAGAGGGAGAUAAUGUAGAGAAUAAUAAGGAGAAUCUGUACUACUAUGUGGACAAAGUAUUCAAUACAAUCGUAGGAUCAAGUGUGAGCUGCCCCACUGUGAUGUGUGAUAUUUUUUAUUCUCUGAGGCAAAUGGCUGCUAAGAAAUUUCCUAAUCACCCUCAUGUUCAGUACUCUGCAGUGAGCAGCUUUGUCUUCCUUCGUUUCUUUGCUGUAGCGAUACUCUCACCUCAUGCUUUUCAUUUGCGACCUCAUUAUCCAGAUACACAGACAGUUAGGACAUUGACUCUCAUCUCAAAAACCAUUCAGAUUAUUGGAAACUGGGGAUGUCAGUCCAGAAAAAAGUCACGGUUCAAAAAGUCAGUCAUGUGUGAAUUUCUCAAAAUGUUUCAAGAAGAAAGAUAUUUUACAGAUGUGAAAAAGUUCUUGGAUGAAAUUUCAUCUACGGAAACUAAAGAGUCCAGUGGUACGAGUGAGCCUGUGCACCUGAAAGAAGGUGAGAUGUAUAAGAGAGCUCAAGGAAGAACCCGUAUUGGAAAGAAGAACUUCAAGAAACGAUGGUUCUGCUUGACGAGCAGAGAGCUCACCUACCACAGACAGCAAGGCAAAGAUGCAAUUUACACUAUUCCAGUAAAAAAUAUUCUUGCUGUGGAAAAAUUGGAAGAAGGCUCUUUCAACAAGAAAAAUAUGUUCCAAGUGAUACAUACAGAGAAAACGCUGUACAUCCAAGCAAACAACUGUGUGGAAGCCAAUGAGUGGAUAGAUGUCCUGUGCAGGGUGAGCAGAUGCAACCACAACAGGCUCAGCUCUUUCCACCCCUCAGCGUAUCUCAACGGAAACUGGCUCUGCUGCCAGGAGACGAGUGAAAGCACACCAGGCUGCAAGCCGUGCACCGCAGGCAUCCCUGCAGACAUCCAGAUAGAUAUCGAUGAAGACAGAGAAACAGAAAGAAUUUAUUCUAUUUUUACCCUCAGUUUACUUAAGCUGCAGAAAAUGGAAGAGACCUGUGGGUCUAUAGCUGUGUAUCAGGGGCCACAGAAAGAACCUGGUUAUUCUAAGUUCACCAUUGAGGAUUCUGUUGCAACCUUUAAGACAAUUCAGCAAAUCAAAAGCACCAUAGAGAAGCUCGAUGAACCUCAUGAGAAAUACAGAAAGAAAAGAUCGAGUAGUGCAAAAUACGGAAGCAAGGAAAAUCCAAUUGUUGGAAAAAUAUCAUAGUUUGACCAACUGAUGGAGAACUGGAAAAUACUCUUUUUCAUCAAGUUUUUCAGUUCACCCCGUUUUGUUCAUAGUAUGUAAGAAUGGACAUCGGCUUUGAUGAUACAUGCUGUCUGUCAUAAUGUAUAAUAUUUAAUGAUUGAAAUUAACUGUUUGGGGAUCCUGAUGCUGAUGUGUGUAUUACUAAAGAAUUUGAAACCCAAGAUUUCCUCCAUAGCCAUGCAUCCAGCCCCGUGUCCCUGCAGCUUCCUUCUGAUGGGAAGGGUCUUCCUGAGGACCCAAGCAGCUCCGUAACAAGGGAGCACUUGACAGCAAGACCCCACCUCCACCUGGAGCACUCCUGUGUCACUCACCACCGUCAGUGCCUCCUCUGUGCUGCCAACAUUGAGUUUACUAUAGAGCUAGAGUUCCUUGUCGGUCAGAACUUUCCAUUAAGUUCAUCUGGACGUUUGUCUUUAAAAAAAAAAAAAAGGAAAAAAAAAAACCCUUUUCCUCUGUUGUGUUAGCCAUUACAGGUUAGAGACAGACACAGACAUCUGAACACCUUUGAAAGCUGGCGGGUGUCUCUCCUGGUCACAGGUGAGGGUGCUCAGCUGUGAGGGGAUGUGUGCUCCUGUGUGCACCAUGUUUACAUUGGAGUGGGGGGUGGUGCCAAGACAGUGGACCACUAAAGUGGCCUUCAUUGUUCAGCUGUCAGGGACUCGCUCUCUCCGAGAAUUCAGGUUAGCACUCCUCCUGAGGGCAGCUCUUCCCAACCAGAAGAGAAGCAUGAGUGAGUAGUGAGGAGAUCACCUGAUGUUGCCUUCUGUCCCACAUCAUAAUAAGGGUGUGUAAGGAUACCCUCCAUAGUGUUAGGUCCUGCUCUAACUAGAGAACGGUCACUUGGCGCACUUUAAUAAUCUGGCACAUUCCAGGUUGUGGUUUGGAUACUCCGUAGUAUCUAUUUUUUUGAUCAGUUGAAUGAUCAGUGUUUAAAUAUCAAACCGUGCUUUCCUGAAAAUGUUGAUAUUGUAUUGCUGUUUCCUUAUUGCCUGCUAGCCAAAGGGGAUCAGGGGCAGCAACUGUUGGGAUACCUGUGUUUCCUUACCCUCCUCUGGCCCUAGAAACCCUACCUGUAAAUAAGCAGUUGAAGCGAGUGUCCCUGAGGAGGAGUGAUACACUCGGCUUCAUCAGUAUUAAAACCUAUGGUACUUACUUGUCUUUUUUAAUUAAAACUAUUUUCUGAGUGUGGUACUUUGAACCUUGGUCUAUUUCCAUAUGUUCCUGUUGAAAACUGUGACUUACUGGUGGAAGUCUCACUAGCUGCAAUCCCCUGUCGUUGAGCUUAAGCUAUAGUUCAAAAUAUACUUACCAAUUAUGUUGUUGCUGGGUAAUUAUUUUUACUUCAUUAGCAGGUAUUUUAAAGAUCAUUAACACAGAGAAUUGUCCCAUUAUAAACGUCAUGACUGAAAAUAGAUUUUUUUACAAAUGACUUUUAAGUCAGUGCUGGCCUGCAUUGUGCUACGCUGUGACUCCUGGUCCAUACUGAAGCUUAAAAGAGUCCUUCAAAUCUGACAGACUUAUGGAUCUAAUUAACUAUACUGUUACAGGUGUUUUUUAAAAACAUUAGCCAUUUAAUAAAUUUAUCAUGAACUUCAUAUUAAAAUGCCUACUUAGAUUCUCUCAAAUGUCUUCCUAAAAAGGACAAAACCCAGGGGCAUUGAAGUUCAAGACUCUAGAGUGGUUUGGGAUCAUCUGUUCGUUGUUUUGUUUAGGGGUUUUUCUCCCUCACCCCACCCCUCAAAAAAGGAUGAUUUCCUAAUGAUUUCUUCACUCUAUGUCCCUGGCUGGCCUAGAACUCAUAGAAAUCCACCUGCCUCCGCUCCUGAGUGCGGGGAUUAAAUGUGUAUCACCACAUCUGGCUCACCUGGUCUUUCUAAUAUCAAACUCCAAUUGCAAGUAUUUUUAAUGAUCAUAGGGUCACAGGGGCCAAAGCUGUAUACAUGUGUAACUCUGAGAGCUCAAUAUUGUAGUUCUUUUAUUCACAUGACCUUUUAAACAGCCAGCUUGACUGGAAUUAAUUAGCCAGCUUGGUACAGUGUAAAAAGAGAAAUACAAAACUAAUUUUCUUUAGUAAGUCUUUUCCAAUCAGAAACUAUGUCCACAGAGUCCAAGGACAGUCAGGGCCCUUCUCGGGGCUUCUCCUAUGCUGUGCUCUUGCGUACUUAGAGUCUUACCUCCAUGGUCUCCUUUCUCUGCUUCUGCAAAGAGCAUUUGAAAAAAAAAAACAUAUAUACGUACACACACACACACACACACACACACACACAUGGUUUUUGUAUAUGUAUAUAUAUAUACACACACACACAUGUAUGUGUAUGUAUAUAUAUAUAUAUGAACAGAAGAUGAUAGGAGGAAACUUAGCACAGUCACUCACUAGCUCUGACUCCUAGUGGAGCUGUAUCCAUCCAUUGAGAUUAUACUGAUCUGUUGUUUAGCUUUCUUUUAAAUCAUCACCUGGUAAGACACUGGGCAACAGCAAAAGUUUUGGUUUUGGUUUGGUUUUUUUUUUUUUUUACUCCCAGGAAUAUAAUUUAUCAAAUCAAACUAUUUUGCUUACCAAAGAACUAUGUUUUUAAUAUCACGGGUAAUAGCUAAGCAUCAAAACUGGGCUCUUAUUUUACCAACAAGAAACAUCAUGUGACUGAUGGCUGGGGUUUGUCUGUGUCUCCAAGGCCGAAUUGCAUUCUUUUACUGGAAAAGUUCAUUCAAGCUAGGUUUUAGAAAAUACAUUCCUUUUAAGUGAACACACCUUCUAAAUUGCUUUAAGUACUAUUGAAUAGCCUAAAAGAUGGACUCCGCAGUGCUUUCUAGUGUCCCCACCUAUGUGACAAAUGCAAAACUCAUUCUAGAGUUAAAAUGACUGAUUUUUGGUUGAUAUUAUCUGCUUCCAUUUUUAACUUGGGAAUUAAUAUGUUGCUAGUAAAUACUGGUUUGUACGGUGUCUAGUUUGUAAGUGUAAGUUAUCAGACCAUAAUAUAGUGACUCUAUGUUGUUGAGAAUGUAUUUUUAUUUAAAUUUUAUUUUCUUAUGAAGAGUAUUAUAAAAAUUAAAAGCUUUUGUAACUGUCAUUUGAAAAUAACUCAAAUAAAGUACAAGAAGCCUA